AUGGAAGCACUGAGGUUGGCGGCUGUGCUGUUGCUGCUGGUGUGGGCAGAGUCUCUGGGCACUCUGGGAGGUCCUCUGUCCAGACAGGGGGACGACAUGGAAGCGUGGAGCGUGGACGACUGGCAGGGCUACCCAUCAGAAACACAGCUCACUCUCCGUCUGGUUGACCUCCUCAAGCGCUCCAAAGCCCAGCAGUUCCAUGGCCUGAUGGGAAGGAGCUUAGGAACAUCUCAUCCCAUGAAUCUGGACAGGAAAAGAAAUAAAGGGGAGAUGUUCGUGGGACUCAUGGGAAGGAGGAGUUUAGAUGAAGAUGUGCAAGAGGAGUGGAACUCCUACUAGAGAAGAUACAAAGAUGUCACUUUUGUUCCAGUUCUGUGAUGUUCAGUUUGAUCC